AUGAAAGAGAUUUGAAAACGAAAGCAAUUCAAAAUGAAACCUUCCAACAACAACGUUAAGCCAGAAAUGGAAAAAAUUAAAGAAAUUAAGAAACAACUGUCACUACACAAUCCCUAAAAACAAGCCCAAAAUUUGAAAUUCUGAAUUGAAGCCCCUAAACGCACUCAUUCAGACAUUGCUUCUCUCUCUCUCUUGCUCUUCCUUGCUGCCAAGUGCUACACACAAUUGCACGAUACAGCUCUACAAUGGGAAGGGGUCUGAGUCCAAUGCUACAGAGAGAGAUCCAAAAUCUUGACAAAGAUGGGGAUAGCCGCAAAUCCGCAAUGAGAGCAUUGAAGUCAUAUGUGAAAGAUUUGGACAUGAAGACAAUACCCAUCUUUCUUGCACAAGUUUCUGAGACCAAGGAAACUGGUUCUUUGUCUGGAGAGUUCACAAUUUCACUGUAUGAGGUUCUUGCUCGUGUUCAUGGAGUCAAGAUUGUUCCCAUGAUAGACAGCAUUAUGCAAUCCAUAGUUCAGACCUUAGCUUCAAGUGCAGGGUCUUUUCCUCUUCAGCAGGCUUGCUCAAAAGUGGUUCCAGCCAUAGCAAGGUAUGGAAUUGACCCCACAACCCCUGAAGAGAAGAAGAGGCAAAUAAUUCACUCUCUUUGUAAGCCUCUUUCAGACUCUCUCUUGAGUUCUCAAGAGAGUUUGACAUGUGGUGCGGCCCUUUGCUUGAAGGCCCUUGUGGAUUCUGAUAACUGGCGUUUUGCUUCAGAUGAGAUGGUUAAUAGGGUGUGCCGGAAUGUUGCUGUGGCAUUAGAGGGAAAGUCCGCACAAACCAAUUCACACAUGGGUCUGGUUAUGACCCUGGCGAAGCGCAAUGCUUUGAUUGUUGAAGCCUACGCUAGAUUGUUCAUACAAUCUGCACUGAGAAUACUAAAUGCUGGCAGUGAGCCUUUGGAGGGGAAUUCUCAGAAGCGGUUUGUAGCCAUUCAAAUGGUGAACUUCUUGAUGAAAUGUUUAGAUCCAAGGAGCUUAUUUUCAGAAGUUGAACAGAUAAUUGAGGUGAUGGAGCUGUGUCAAUCAGACAAAAUGGCAUAUGUCAAAGGAGCUGCAUUUGAGGCUUUGCAAACUGCUAAGAUAAUUGUCACUGAUAAAAAAUCAAGAGGUGUGAAGAGUCCUGCUUCUAUGACAGGUUCGAAUUUCAGUAGAAAAGACUAUAUGGAAGGUGAAAGUUUUUCUGGUGAUGGAGAUCGUUCUCUCUCAUCUAUUUCUCCAGAGUCACAGACCUUGGACUUCUUCAAUGGAUAUGCAUCGCCUAUUGAGUCUCCCAUUUCAACAAGUCGGCCUUCGCAUAACUUCUACGAGAGGAGUGUGAAUAGGAAGCUUUGGAGUCAUGAAAAUGGAGGGGUUGAUGUGUCUCUCAAGGAUGGUUUGUUCUCAAAAUCAGGGCACAGAAAUGCCUCGUUGGACCACAGUCACUACACUAUGGAUCAUGAGUUUUCUAAUGGAGGGGGAGAUUUAACAGGGGAGUUUGCUGGUUUCAUGCACAAAAGUCCUUGGCACGGAGCAUCUAGAAGUGCCAGCACAAGUCCCCUAAGAUCAUGCACGCAGGGCAACAUUAAAAUCUUUAUGACUCCUAGGAAACUCAUUCACUCUCUUCAAGAAGACCUAAAUGAUGAGAUUUCAGAUUGCUCUGAGAAACCAAAUAGAAGGAUCAAGAGUCUAUCAUCAGGCAAUAUUAAGUGGAGUCCGGCAUCUUAUUCUAAAUAUGAUCAAAAUGGUAUUGCAGAUCAUGUCAACUAUGAUUCUAAAGAGAGUGGAAGCUUGUAUGGUAAUGGUGACAUUCAGUUUCAAGGUGGGCCGGAGUCAGUCUCAUCCACAGAUGACAUUCCUGGUAAUACUGAUCUGCAGAGGCCUUCUGAGGUUGGUCCUGAAAGUAGAAAUGGUACCGAAACUGUUCUCAUGGAAAAGCCAUUUCAAAAGACCACACAUAAAUUAGUUUGUGGCAUUUCGUUUGCUCUUUUGGCAAUAGCUACUCCUUUACUCUGGAUCAACAGUCAGGACGAAGGCCAUUUUCUUGUCCCUACAUAAUGUGCUCAUUCUUGUAUACAACCUGAGAAUUAUAGAAUAGUUCUGUGAAAGUAUUAGCUCAUUCCAACUAAAAUGUUGGGAAGCUUGGUGUAGAAGUAAUAGAUCUGUUAAUGCGCUUUUAUUUUCUUGUAGAGUCUGUAAGAACUUUUGGCUGAAUUCUACCUUCUGGUAGAGAGGAAGCACAAAUGCUGUACCUGGAAUUGAAUGGAUCAUUUCAUUCAAUAAAUUUAAUAUAGACAGUGAGGAUAUGUAGAAUCAUUAUAUUUAUUUUAAUUUCCAUGUAA